AUGUCAGGCUCUAGCACCAGCCUCAGGGUCAUGAUAGUGGGUGACUCCAUAUCCCAGGGCCAUGAGGGCGACUGGACCUGGCGAUAUCGCAUUUGGCAGUGGUUUCGUGACCAGAAAGUUGCUACAACCUUUGUUGGGCCUUACACUGGCACCGUUCAACCUGAUAGCCCCAGGCCACCCUCACCACCGCCGCUUUAUGGCUCUCCUAAACCUAUCCGGGGCGUCAAGGUAGACGGUGGUUAUGCUCUCGGUGUUUCGUCGGAUUUUGAUAGUCACCACUUCGCUGUCUGGGGCCGCACGGCGGUCGCUGAUAAAUAUUUGAUUGAGGACGUUCUCACUUCUCAUCCGGCCGAUUUAAUGCUGUUGAUGCUGGGCUUCAACGAUUUGGGUUGGCUCCAUAGUGAUGCCCUGAGAACCCUUGACAGCAUCAAAAUGUUAGUCGAUAAUGCUCGUAGAGUCAAUCCGAGCCUUAAAUUUGCUAUAUCAGAUGUUCCUCAACGCGUGGCUAUCACUGGGCGCGAGGACUUGCCUCGUAUCACGCGAGAAUACAAUGACUUAUUGCGUCAUGCUAUUCGACGAUGGAGUACUGAUGACUCCCCUAUUCACCUCGUUGAGAUCUGUGAGCACUACAGCUGCAGCCCCAGUGGCUGCCCCGCAGGUUACGAUGGCCUCCAUCCGAAUGCUAAGGGCGAGUACGAAAUCGCACGCGCAUUCUCACUUGCUCUCGUUAAAGACUUCAAGAUUGGUACUUCCCCGCUGGCAAUCCCUAGCGAUAUCCCACCUCGACCCUUGCCAUGUCCAGGGAAUUUCAAAGUAGCAUCCAGCCCUGGGGGCGUCACUGCCUCCUGGGAUGCAGUGUAUGGCGCAGUUGGGUACGAUAUCAGGUCUAGGAUCUCUGGAAUUACCAAAUUCCGGAUUAGCAGAGUCUCAUCUAAUCGAUGGGAUGCCCAAUGGACCCAAGAAGGUUGGGUCUAUGAAGUCCAAGUUCGUGCAAGCGCAGGGAAUUCACUAAAGAGUAAGUGGACAAGCAUCAAGUCAGCGAAGUCAACUCCCAGGACGCCUCCUGGCCCUGAUAAUGUGGUGACCCGAGCUACGGCUACUGGAUUCGACAUCUCAUGGGAUUCUCCUACUGGUGAUUUUAAUGUCACAGAGUAUGAAAUCCUGUAUUGGGAUAAAGAUGAAGUACACGCAUUUAUCACUAGUGCAGGCUUCAAGGAAUCUCCAGCACAUGUAGACAGGCUUAUUCCAGGGCAUCACUAUCAAGUUGCCAUUGUCUCAUGGAAUGAUGCUGGUGGAGGGUUCCCCAAGGUAGUGAAAAGCGUCACUAUCGGCCGUGGCACUCCACCAAUACCUACCGGUUUGAGCAUUAUCGCCAAGGAUGCCACUUCAGCUCAUCUUAGUUGGACUGGCUCUCCCAUUGCAGCGGGCUACCAGCUUUGGUUCCGUAACGUGAAUGAGCCAGAUAAUGAGUUCCAAAAGACCAAUGGUACGGAGACGAUGCCUUGCAGUGACCAAUAUUUCCUGGUUCCAGGUGUUUGGAACUUUGAGUGGUGUGUUAGUGCAUUCAAUGGAAGUGCAGAGUCAGAUAGGAGUGAGUGUGUGCUUGCUCCCUGGCCUCCAGGCUCUAGUACAUCAUCGGAUGACUAUUCUGAACGAGAUGCCGAUUCACACGAAGCUCCAAAUGAGGCUGAUAGCUCUAAUAAGAACCUAAUGGUCGGGCAUGAGGUGAGGCCUCGCAGUGCUGACGGCCAGCGCAGCAUUCCGGAUUGCGAAGAUGGCCACCGAUGGGGAAUACUGUGUGGUACAUGCGGUUACGUUGCAGAAGAUUGUGAUGAUUGUCUCAGACCUAACUGUAAUGGCGAUCAUCAACCCCAUGAGGACAGUUGCUGUGGGGAGAAUUGUAGGGACGGUGGAUGUACCAGUCAAGAUUGCUGGGUACAAAUCUGCCGUGAUUUUUCUUGCAACAAGGACGAAUGUAUGGAAUAG